UUUUGACAAAUAUCAACCAACAAAAACUAGGGUAGCCUUAAAUCAUGGUGCAUUCAUUUACAAACCUGAAUCAAACCAUAAAACCAUGAAAACAAUCUUUUUAUUUUUAUUUUUAUUUUUUGGGUGUGUUACACAACUUACAACACAUAGCCAUCCAUAUAUUAGGCUAACUAUUCAAUGGCGAGUAAAACAAAGCUUUCAAAAAAAAAAAAUCUGAACCCCUUAAUUAAUUCAUUACCUUGAUUUUGUUUCUGUGGUAUUUUGCUAUAACCAAAAUUAGAUGCACAAAAAUUGGAACUAACACCUAUCUCACAUUUACAUUGUUUUAGAUUCAUGUGUUAUGUGUGCAUGUUAUUAUUAUUGUGUGUUGAGUUUGUAGGAUAUGGUUUUGCCUUUAAAUCGCUUUAAUUAACGUGUGUGCAAAUUAAACCUCACACACCAUUCUUCUAAUUCAGUUUCCUUCACCAUAUACAUAUACAUACACAUACGUAUAAACAACUGGUCCUAGAGAGAUACAUACAUAACAUAUAUACGUACUUUAAGUCCUCAAAGACUCACAGAAAAGGUGGUAAUAUCUAAGAUUGUAUUGUGUGUGUAUAAAUGGAGAAGGAGAAGACGAAGAUGAAGAUAAAGAGAAAGAGAGCAAGAGAGGAAGAGAAUGAAAGCGAGACUAAGAAGAUUGCAAAGAAGAGAGAUUGUGUAACUAAGACGAAGGAGAAGGAAAAGGAGAAGAAGAUGGAAAAAGAAAAGGCGAAGACAAAAGAGAAUAAGGGAAAGACGAAAGAGGUGGUGGUGAUAACGAAAAUUGUAAAAGAGAAGGGUAAAAAGAAUAAUAAUAAUUGUUUGACAUUGUCGUCGUCAUCGUCCUCGUCAUCAAAAAAAUUGUCAUCACUAGGAGUGUUUGAUUUCCCAUGGCUAAAAGAUGGUGUGAUGUCAAAGUCAGAGGAAUGUAACUUCUUGGAUUGUGGUGAAGAUAGUUUCUUGUUGUCAUCAUCAUGUUUCUCUGAGGCAUCAACAAUGGCUAGUGUUCUUCCGGAUGAAGAGAAGUUGAUCAUGCAGGAUCUAUGGCAGCCAUUUGAGAGUGAUGAUGGAUUGGAGCUUAAUCUUGAUGCUUCUAAUGAUGAUUUGAAUUGUAUUUGGAGCUCUCUCCUCAGUAACCCUCUUUAACAUUCAUUUUUUUAACCAACAUCUCUGUUUAGCAUAAAAAAAAAAACUAUAUAAAAUAUAUCU